AUAUAGUCUUUAAAUAGUAAUAUUAACAUCAUGAAUGUUAUUAAUCUUCACUUACGACCGAAAAAUUUAUUUAAAUAACCUCAAAUUUCCUAUCCUUAAUCCUGUUUGAGAAACCUAAACGUGUACUUCUUUCAUUCGAUCGGGAAAGUUGGAAAAAAUCUUCGGUUUUUGACACUUGAAUUAGUAAUUCCGGUUUCCAGUUGCAUACAUAUUUAAGAAAAAGCGAAGACACGUCAGUUCGAAGAUUAGGUCGCUUGUGAGUGUUCUAUUUUAUCCCGAUAUAGAAUUUUAUCAAGAGAUUUUUUAUCUCAGAGGCGGACUUGAGUUUUUAUAGAAAAAACCAAGGUGACACGAUUUAAAUAAGCCAUAAAUUGUAAAAAAAAAUCAUCAAAAAUGAGUUUACAAUGGACGUUGAUUGCGUCUUUCCUCUAUGUGGAGAUUUUCGUAGUCCUCUUGCUGGUGCUACCAGUAGCUUCUCCAAGAAGAUGGCAAAAACUCUUCAGAUCACGAUUCCUUCAGAGUCUAAGCAGUCAAGCUUCAAUGUAUUUUCUCGUUCUGCUAGCAAUUCUAGUCCUCUUUCUGUUAGAUGCUAUUCGGGAAAUGAGGAAGUACUCUAUGAGCGAAACUGCAGAACAUGCCCAUGCUCACUUGGACGCUGAAAUGCAAGGAAACAUGAGAUUGUUCCGAGCUCAGAGAAAUUUCUACAUUUCCGGCUUCGCUCUCUUCUUGAGCCUCGUGAUCCGACGCCUCGUGAUUUUGAUAUCCGCCCAAGCAACUUUGUUGGCCCAGAGCGAAGCUGCCAUGAGACAAGCCCAGUCAGCAACUACCACGGCGAAAAGUCUCUUGUCUCAGAAAACAACUGGAGAAAGCGCCCAGAACGAAUCCAACGAAGCUUACGACAAGGCCGUGUCCGAACUCAAGACUCAGAUCAAAGAACUGCAAUCAAAGAAUAUCGAUCUCGAGAACGAGUUGACCAAGGAAAAGAAGGACAAAACCGCGAUCAAAUCCCAAGCCGACUCUCUCGCGAAAGAAUACGACCGUCUGAACGAAGAGCACUCGAAAAUGCUGCAAUCAGGCGGCGACAAGAAGAGCGACUAAAUCAUUUUCGGCCCUCCCUUUUCCCUAAUUCCACUAGUAUUUUAUUUUGCUUAAUUAUCAAACGGUUUUUAUGGUUAAUUUUGGUUAUUCUUUGCUUUUAAGGCCUUUUGCAUUGUAUAGUUUUGUUUAUACUUUUAGAUUAAUAUUAAUAAUCGUCCCUAUUUAUAUCGGUUGCGCGAGUAUUGUAUAUAAAUAUUAAUUCUCCAUUACAAUCUACAAUACGUACUGCUAGAAUAUAUCAUAUUUAUCAAACAUUUGCGAAAUUAGCCGUAUAAUGUCGAUUUUGUACCUCUUAAUUAAGAAAAUAAUCUUUUAGUCCGUAGAACCGUGAAUUCUGUUUUAUAAGUCGAUUCUUCGGCAUUUAAAGGUCACCUGCAUUCUAAUUGAAUAGUGGUCACGUCUGCAAAUCGAAACAGAAAUAGUCUCACCGAAAUUUCUAUCUUAAAAUAGAAUAUAGCCGCAAGAACUUGGUGUUGUCUAGAAAGUUGCGAGCAAUGGGGAAUUAAUUGUAAAAUUUAGAAAUGUUUAAAGUUAACAUUUAAGCUCGAAUUUAAGAAGCUUUAGUCCUAAAAUCGGAAAGAAAGUAAAUGACCUUUUAAACUUAAAUCAGACCACGGAGAAAGGUUUUGUGAUUAAUAACUACGACCUACUUUUUUUUUAUCGCACAAAUGCGAGAUAUUGGGCAUUUAACACUCUUGGAGAUUAGCGUUAACAUGAAAAAUAUUUUAUUCACUUGAAAGUGAGGAAAUAUGUUAAUCAAAUUAUAUGGGUUUGUUUUAGAUAUUUAUGACUAUUUAAGACAUCGCAUUUAAAUCAGAGUCUGGUCUAAGCAUUGUGCCUCUUAAAGAAAAAUCUAAAAAAAAUCUUCAAAAAUAUUUAUCUGAUUGUAAAGUGAAUUCUUUUGCUAUUUAGGAAUGUAAAAGUAUUUUUAUAAAUCAGAAAUUAUCCGGGAAAAAGGCAGCUUUGCAAUCAAACGUUAGGUUUUUAUUCGAUUUUUUUACACAUCGUGUUAAACGCAAAAUUUGAACAAAACAUUGUGGGAAAGACAUAAAAGCUGAGAAAAGUGUGUGUCUACUAUAAGAAAAUUGAAAACAUUUUCGUCUCCUGUAAGCUAAUUAUGUACGCAUUCAAUUUGAAAUAUACUUGAUGAAACGAUCAAUAACAA